AUGUCCUCAAGUACCCAUUUCAAAAAAUACACUUUGUUGAAAUACGACUGUCACACAUUGUGCGCCUUUCAAACGACAUAUAUUACUGAUAAUGGUAAUUUAUUUAUUUUUUUAGAAGCAGUUCAAUUUUUGUCCCGGAGGAAAAUAUUACAGCUACUAUAUUUUAGAUAUUAUACCAGUAUUAAUAUUGCACUUACCGUAUUUUUUCUUAUUAUCGAUUUAACACUCCAUAUACCGUUUCCCCUAUCUUUACAGAUAUAUUCUUUCAUAAUUAUAGUACUCAUACUAGUCGACGCUUCAACAAUAUUUAAACACAAUCGUGGUUCCCAUGUAGAAAUAUCGGACAUAUUCGGUGAAAGAUUGGCAGACCCAAAAUCUAUGGGUCAGAUUAAAAGGGACACAAGUCUUAGCUAUGCAGCUACGAACAUAGAUUCCAAGGAAGGAACUCGUGUGAAAACCAUUACCGUAAUUAAAAAUCAUAGUGGUAAAAAUAAUGGGAAAUUGGUAAUUAAUCCAGAGUUCCAUAAGAAUGAAGAAUGGGCUAACGCGUUUAGAGAUAACUUUGAUACCUACGGCGGUAUACCGGAUGUGCCAGGUAUAGAUGACCUGUUCGAUUUUGUGAAAAAGAAAAGUAAAGAUGAUGAUGGUAAAAAAGGAGCACCCAACCCAAAGUCCAAAGAAAUAGGGAAAAAAGAGUUUACAAAGCCCGUUGAUGAACCCUCCUCGGAAUUUGAAACCACUACACCACCAGUGCAAAAGAUUAAAGGCGAUGCUGAAUUAGUACCAGGAUUAAAAAAGAAUCAAACUAGCGCACGUUCACAGUCGCUGGGAUUGGAUAAGGUUAAAACACGAGAGCCAUUAUCCAAUUCAAAUUAUACCUCUUCAGAAGAAUCCGGUGACAUAUUUUUUGAAAAAUAUAUACAGGAGAUCCCCAAAGGCUAUGAUUAUCCCAAACCUUGUCCCCAAGGAGGAAAAAGUGUCGUUAGUAUUACGAAUCCUUCUUCAGGACGCACAUACGAUAUACCAGUGGAAGAAGACUCACCAGCCACACCGUACAUUGCACCAUCAAUAAACAAAAAAAAACAAUUUCCAGGAUUGCAAUCGCUGCAGAAUAAUACGCAAAGCGUUGCAUCUACUUUUGUGCGACCGAAUUUUUCAGUUAACUCCAUUUUACCACCACUUCAGACGAAUUCGGCAACAACUCAGGAUUCACUGCAACCGCUGAAUACUGUAAAUUCACAAACACAAAUUACACAACAACAAGGAGGAGGCAUCUACACCAGUCAACGCCCGUAUGUUGCGCCCAAUAUACGAAACAGCGUCAAUACAAAUAUUGCAUCUACGCUUCGGCCGUUAUAUAGAAACGAUAUAGCUACUUAUCGUGGAAGCUCAUUUCUGUUGGGUCCAAAGAGGGUGAAUGUGGCAAGAUCACGUGGCUUGAAAUACUGAAAAUACUACUAAAUCCAAUACACACUGAUGCAGAUUACCUUUCUAAGGGAACGAGCACGAUUCAAGGUUUUUUCAACUUACGAAAUGAUAAAAACUAUCGCAAGAAAAUAGUGAAUCCAUAAAUGUUACAGCACACAACAGAUAAUAUGUGUUAUAUUAGAUAGAUAUCAAGAGAGUAUUGUUUAAAAAAAAAUACUCAAUGUAUGAAUUUUUAUAGGUUAAGCAAACAGUGAUAGUUUAAUGCGAUUACAAAUUACGAGCGACUUAUUAGUUUAUAAAGCUUCUGAAAAUUAAAUACAUAUAUUUAAGGCACUACUUUGUUGUCUAGAUACAAUUCGGGUGAAGGAUUUUUCAUCAAUGGGUUUUGAAGCAUUUAAUUAGUGUACUAUAAAAAUUCUUGUUGAGAAUAUUACCGUACAUAUGUAUGGAAUACCAUAUACAUAUAAAUGUAACAUUCGACAUUUAACAUUUGAAGGGUAUGGAUUAAUCAGGCGUAGUCGUAAAUACAUAAUUGAAGCAAGGAGUUUAUAGCGAUUUAUUAACGUUGAAAUUAUAAAAUAAAUACUUAUAAUAAACAUUAUAAUAAAAAAUGUUGUUGCAGCAUCAUUUGAAGAAUGCAGCUAGCACUAAGUCCGAAAUCCACAUUAUGUUUUUUUCUGUCAUGUAGUUUUCGAAAUAUCGCCAAAUAACGGUUUUGGAGUAAAUAAAAAAAUAUGUAGAUCAUACAAAUUUAUAACAUAUGGAGAAUCCGGUAGCUGAUAGAAAGAAGUG